AUGGGCCUUCUUCGUCACCCGGGGAUGAUCACCUCCCGCAAGCUGAUGGUCGCCUACCGCCACGCCAGCACCACCGUGAUGGUGGCGAAUCGCGGAGAAAUCGCUAUCCGUGUCUUCCGUGCCCUCACCGAGUUGAACAAGACCAGUGUGGCCAUCUUCUCCGAGCAG